AUUUAUUCCAAAAAUUAUUAGAGGAGAUUUGGAUUCUUUAAGAGAUGAUGUUCGUGAUUUUUUUGAUAAAAAUGGUGUAUUGAUUGAAGAAGAUAAGGACCAAAAUUCUACAGAUUUUAAGAAAUUGGCUUUGGGCGCAACAGGCGGCAGAUUUGAUCAAGCAAUGUCACAUAUUAAUUAUUUACAUCAAUUGAAAAAUCAACAUCAAAUAUAUUUAUUAUCAAAUGAAAAUAUAAUUUUUUUACUAGAUAAGCAUCAAUUAUUUUGUGAUAAAAAUAUUGAAGGUCCAACUUGUGGAUUACUUCCAAUUGGUGUAGAGGCUGCUGUCAUUACCACAACAGGCCUAAAAUGGAAUCUUGAAAAACGACGUGGAAUGUCUGGUUUAUCAUCAAAUGUUGGUGGUUCAUCAUAUCUGAUUAUAUAA